AUGAUAAAAGUUUCCCUCUUUUUUAGUAAAAUCUGGUAUCAAAAAAAUACACCUACAGCAAUUAAAGGAUGCUCAAUAGAUUUGGUAACAAAAAAUAUUGGUCAGCUUUCUCUGAAAUUUGGUAUUUGGCACGAAAAUGGCUUAACUGAAUGCUUGGGGGAUACAGGAAAAAUUGUAAAAUCACAAAUGGAAAAUCAUACAGCUGUUGCCGAUAAUAUGUUGCCUUUCUCUUUCAGUCUAAAGAAGGAAGAAUUUGACAGUUUAAAAAAAGAACCAAAUUACGGUAUAAACGAUUAUUGCGAAAAUUUAAUAGUCUGCCAAAUGACUGAUAGCAAAUGCUUGAAGGUGGCCGAUUAUUCCGUUGCUUGGGCAAAAACAAAGGAUUACGUGUCUAACUUUGUUUUUCUAAUUGGUGACGGAGCAACAGAACCGUGUCUUAGUAACGAGAGGCAUUCUACAGUAGAAACAUCUUUUGAUUUGUUGCUCAAUGAAAACCUUUUUGGAAUUGAAGAUUGCAAUUCAAAACUUGCUUUGUCUUGCAGCAAAAAGGAAAAUAUUCGAAAACCGGAAGAGUGGGAAAUUGUGGAUGAGACAUACAAGAAGACUUACUCAAAAAUGGAAUUUAAUUUUCUUUUUACUUUUCACAUUUUACCCUUAACUGCAAUGAGAAAAAGCAUUCAAAAAUUUUGGACUUCGUGUGAUUCUAAAGAGGGAAUUUGUGCUGACGAUGAAAAAUUUCAAAAAUGCGACAAAAUGUUUAUUGAAUUUGAUAAAGAAAACUUCAAAAUGCUUGUUAGUACAGAAGAAAAUAAUGAAGACAAAACUGACGACAAAUUAAAAAAAGAAGAAAAUUUUUUGGGUGAAGAAGAUUCAGGGAUCAAAACCUCAACAAUUAUACUAAUUAUUAUUGGUGUUACUAUAGUGAUUCUGGUGUUAAUUGGCAUUGCUUUUUUGUUCUUAGAAAAUAAUGAAAUCAAAACUGAAAAAGCUCGAGAUAAAUCAAGGGAAUUUUCAACAAAUAUUUCAAUUGGGAAUUCUAAAAGUAAAAGAAGUUUACCCUCUUUUGGAAGUUCUCGAAGCAAAUAUGGAAGGGGAUCUGUUGGGGAAAAAGAGAAGAAGAAAACACUUAAUUCUAAUCGUGAGAUAAUAAGUAGUAGUUCAAGUUCUGUUUCGAAGAAGGUUUAA